GAAUGGGGAGGGCACUUCCGUUCCCCAAUGCUGCCGGCUGUGGGGACCAAGGCUGAGGUAACCUGUCUUGUUUCAUACGCUGGGCUGUGACCGGCUUCUGGGAGCCGGUGAGGUGAGCAGGCGAGCUCCAUAUCCGCCAUGGAUGCAGUGACCUAUGAGGAUGUGCAUGUGAACUUCACUCCUGAAGAGUGGGCUUUGCUGGAUCCUUCCCAGAAGAUUCUCUACAAAGAUGUGAUGUUGGAAACCUACUGGAACCUCACUUCUAUAGGAUACAAAUGGGAAGACCAUAAUAUUGAAGAACAUUGUCAGAGUUGUAGAAGAAAUGGAAGGUAUAUCAUCUGUCACUCUAGAUACAAGCCAUGUGAACAUAAAGGGUAUGGAAAGAAGCAUUGUAGUUCUGUCUCUCUCAGAACAAUUGGAAGCUAUGUGGUAGUCCCCACUAUGAGAAGACUUGAUGACUGUGAUACAAGUUUACAAUUAAUUGGUUUUCCAACUUCAGUGGGAAUACAUCAACAAACUCUCAUUGGAGAAAAUUCUCAUAAGUACCAGGAAUAUGGAAAUGCAUUUCACUGUACUGGUUCACUAUGCACAUGUAGUGUGGCUCACAGUAUAAGAAAAUGUUGUGAAUGCAAUCAGUGUGGUCAAACUCUGAGUUCUUCAAAUUCUCUUCAAAGAUGUGAAAAAUCUUAUGUGGGAAGAGAAAAUAAUAAAUGUGUGUCAUCUACUAACGGCUUUAGCCUUUACAGGCAUCGUCAAACAUACCAAACAACCAAUAAUAAAGAGGCUCUCUAUGAAUGUAAUCAACAUGAUAAAGACUUUAGAUCUGAUUGCUCUUUAGAAGUAUACCAAAGAACUCAUUUGGAAGGAAAACUCUAUGAGUACAAUCAAAGUUAUAAAGCCAUUGCAUGUCCCAGUCUUCAUCAUCAAGAACAUAGAAUUCAAACUAGAGAGAAAAGGUAUGAAUAUCAGCAAUGUGACAAAGCCUUUCCAUGUCCCACUUAUGUUCAAAUACAUAAUAGAGGUUAUACUGAAGAGAAACCCUAUGAAUGUAAUCAAGGUGGUAAAGCCUUUGCACAGAAGAGUAGUCUUCAAAGUCAUGAAAGAAUUCAUACUGGAGAGAAACCCUAUGAAUGUAAUCAAUGUGGUAAAGCCUUUGUCCAGAAGAGUAGUCUUCGCAAUCAUGAAAAGCAUCAUGCUGGAGACAAACGCUAUGAAUGUAAUCAAUGUGGUAAUGCCUUUACACGGAAGAGUAGUCUUCACAAUCAUGAAAGAAGUCAUAGUGGAGAGAAACCCUAUGAAUGUAAUCAAUGUAGUAAAGUCUUUACAAAGAAGAGUAGUCUUCACAGUCAUAAAAGAAUUCAUACUGGAGAGAAACCCUAUGAAUGUAAUCAAUGUGGUAAAACUUUUAUAGGGAAGAGUAGUCUUCACAAUCAUGAAAGAAGUCAUACUGGAGAGAAACCCUAUGAAUGUAGUCAAUGUGGUAAAGCCUUUGCAGCGAAUUAUAAGCUUCUCAGUCAUGAAAGAAUUCAUACUGGAGAGAAACCCUAUAAAUGUAAGCAGUGUGUUAAAGCCUUUGCAAAGAAGAGUAAUCUUCUCAGCCAUGAAAGAACUCAUUCUGGAGCGAAACCUUAUGAAUGUAAUCAAUGUGGUAAAGCCUUUGCACAGAAGAGUAAUCUUCUCAGUCAUGAAAGAAUUCAUACUGGAGAGAAACCCUAUGAAUGUAAUCAGUGUGGUAAAUCCUUUGCAACAAAGGGUAAUCUUGACAGUCAUGAAAGAAGUCAUAGUGGAGAGAAACCCUAUGAAUGUAAUCGAUGUGGUAAAGCCUUUGCACAAAAGAGUAGUCUUCAAAGUCAUGAAAGAAUUCAUAAUGGAGAGAAACCCUAUGAAUGUAAUCAAUGUGGUAAAGCCUUUGUCCAGAAGAGUAGUCUUCACAGUCAUGAAAUAAUUCAUACUGAUAAGAAACCCUAUGAAUGUAAUGAAUGUGGUAAAUCCUUUGCAGCGAAGAAGAAUCUUCUUGGUCAUGAAAGAAAUCAUACUGGAGAGAAACCUUAUGAAUGCAGUCAAUGUGGUAAAGCCUUUGCACUGAAGAAGUAUCUUCUCAGUCAUGAAAGAAUUCAUACUGGAGAGAAACCCUUUGAAUGUAAUCAAUGUGGUAAAUCCUUUGCAACAAAGAGUCGUCUUCUUACUCACAAAAGAAUUCAUACUGGACAGUACCACAUGGAUGUAAUCAAUGUGGUAAUUUCAGAUGUGAGCUGCCAUGUGGAAGCUGGAAACUGAACUGUGUUUUCUACAAGGGGUGUUUGCUGGAGUCCUGCUCCAUAGGGGUUCAGGUCCCAAAAAGGAGAUUAGGCAAUAACAAAGUAAGAUUGCCAUGAUCUGAGGGUGAAUGAGGAUAGCUGUUGCUUUAUUGAAAAAGGACUAUACCCUUUAUACUCUAUAACUGAACAUUAGUUUAGACUCAAGAAAGAUUAAAAGGAGACUUAAUGAUUCCAUGAUGAAACCAACCAUCAACCUCAUCACAGCAUUUUUCCUGAGGCAAAAAGUGAUAAAUUCAGCAAGUAUCUUAAUGCCUUUCUGGAUCCACGCCCAUUGUUUCCUUUCAUAGUGUGCUUUCAUCCUUGAACUAUGUGUAUCCAGUUAGUACAUCUUUAAGUUUCCUAUUCUUGGUGUAAUCAGGGGGACACAAUAGGGAUUCUUGUGUGGGAGUAGGCAUAGUUAUGCUACAUCUAUGAUUCCAUGGUGGUGGGGAUUUUUUCCAAGAAUUAUGUUUAAAGAGACUUGCCAUUAAAAAGUCCGCAAAAAAAUUUCCCACAGGAAAAGGCUUAAGGAAACUUCAUAACAUAAUUAGUGAGAAUUAUUAAAACUAAAAGGUAAAAGAUGCUGGAAAUUUAAGAUCUGUAAUGUCAAAGUGCUGGAACUUUGUGAAGUAGCAAUGGUAUCCAUGCAGUUCACACCAGGUACUAAACUGCUAAACCAUCUCUCAUCCCUUUUUGUUUCUUUUAAGAUUUAAUUUAUUAUUCUUAUCUUUGUGAGUGCAUAUUAUAGUUUGAAAUCAGAUGAUAGCCUGUGUGACCCAGUCCUCCCUUUCUACCACUUGGGUCCUUAGGACCAAAGCAUCAGCCUUGGCUUCAAGCACCUUUACCUGCUGGACCAUGCCACAGCAUCCACUGAGCCCUGAUAGUUCUUUUGUUAAUCAUUGUUUUUAGGUUUUGUUUUUAAUACAGGCUUAUCAAAUUCAGGCUGACUUUGAACUUAAGACCUUUCUGCUUCCACCUCCAAUUACUGGGAUGACAGGUUUCACUGCUGUUAUUUACCAGGCGUGAGAACGGACCACAAAAUACAACAAAACCCACUUUAAGAGUUUUAUUGUGGGGGAUAGGAGGGCUGGAGAGAUGGAUCAGAGGUUAAGAGCACUGACUGCUCUUCCAAAGGUCCUGAGUUCAAUUCCCAGCAACCACAUGGUGGCUCACAAUCCUCUAUAAUGAGAUCUGGCACCCUCUUCUGGUAUGCAGGCAGGAUACUGUAUGAAUAAUAAAUAAAUCUUUUUUUUAAAAAAAAAGAAAGAAAAAAGAAAAUGUUUAUGCCAACUGGUAGAAGGAAAACUCACCCACUGAAGUAGCCAGUGUUUUGCGAAGAGAUGCAGUGGCCAGGCAGAUGGAAAAUGGGCAGUUGUAGAUGAACUGACCUCAGUUCAGGAUUCUGGCAUGAGGGUGCCACGAGAGCCUGUUUGGUCUCAACAACAGUGUUACUUACUGGGUUCAGGAACAGAACACGAGAUACAACAAAGCCCACUUUAAGAGUUUUGUUAGGGAGGAUAGGAAAGUUGGGGCUGAUGCAGCAGGCCUGCCGGAGAGAAAUGGACAGGAAGUGGGAGGGUAUGGGGGUUUUCUUAAAAGAGGGAAUCUGCUUUUAAGGACGACCUCCAGCAUGCGAAUGGGAGGUUAUGUAACCAUGCCAUGCAUGUGUAUAGAUUACAUGGCCACGCUGCAAACGGAUUACAUAGGAGGUAAGAUAUGGAGUGUCUAAACAUUUUGCCUGAAUGCUAAUAGCGCAUGUGCAUCAUGGGACUCUGGAAGCAGGUAGAUUGUCAGAAAUGAUAACAACUACCAGGACCUGUUUAUGCAGAAGUCUUGUGUAUGCUGAGCAAGUAUUCUAUCCAAUGACUGCCAUCUGAUGUGAAAGCAUUGAUGUAGCUGAGUUGUUCAUAUUCAGGUCCACACUGAGAUCUUGUCUCAAAAACAAAAACUGCAAACAAACAAAAACUUUCCUUAAAAGAAAUUGUGUGUUUUGAGACAGAGUCUAUCUCAGUUGCCUAGACUGGCCUAUAACUCACCAUUGUAGAUGUAACCAACCUUCUUAUUAAAUAAGAAACACAGAACCAAUGCAAAGAAGAAAGCCAAGAGGUCAGAGCUAAGAGCUAAAACCUUACCCUUCCUCCUGUGGUGGUCCUACCUCUCCGAACCAGAGCUACCCCUGUGUUAAAGUCUUUAUAUAGAGUUUCUGUUCUGCCUUCUCAUUGGUUGUAAACCCAACCACAUGACCACCUCAUCACGGCCUGUCUGUAUAGGCCUCCCCGUUUUCUAUGAUUGGUAUUGAGAUUAAAGGUAUGUGUAUCCAAUACUGGCUGUAGCCCUGAACACACAGAGACUUACCUAGCUCUGCCUACCAAGUGUUGGGAUUAUAAGCGUACACCACCACUGCCCUGCUUUCCUAUGGCUUGCUAAUAGCUCUGACCCCCGGGCAACUUUAUUUAUUAACAUACAAAUAAUAUUUUAAUACAAAUAAAAUAUCUCCAUACACCGUAGCCCUUGAAUCCUGCCCCUUGGCCUCAGCUGCCUAAGUACCUGGAGAAAAGGACUGGACUACUGAGUGAGCAAGCCAGAGCACAGAGGGGCUUAACUAUGUGUCUGGAUAUGCACAGCUAGUAGCCAGAGGUGCAUGACAAGAUCAGAGUGUUCCAAGGGUCAGGUUGGAAUCCAGAACCUUCUUUGAUGUAGAAUGCCAUCAAUUCAGCAUGGAAGGAUAGGAACAGGCCCAGGAUCUAAUCCACUUUGGGGUUGAAAUAUCCUGAGAGUCUUAUGUGGGCUAGGGCCAAAAUGCAGUGUGAGGCAUUUUUUAUGAAGAGAGAUAGACACUACCUAGGCCCACCCUGUCAUGGCUCAGCUGCAACUUCAGUGGCCUCAUAUAGAGGGUGAGUGAGCAUGCCAGGGCCAGAGCUGUGCCCGGCAGUCCCUGGACAAGGACAAGGAGAAUGGCGAAAAGGAGGCUUUCCUCCUGCUCACUGUGGGGGCACACUAAGCUGAGAAUACACAAAACUCAAAAACCUCCCAGAUAGCAAGAUAUUGCAAAAUCCUUCCACUUCUCACAUGAGAAGCUGAGGCAUAGAGGAAAGGAGGAGAGUCUGUGCUAGAGUAAUUCUGGGUAUUGAUGCUCCAAUUGGUUAUUGUAACCAUGGUAACAAGUGUGCUGUACUUACAUAGGCACAGGGAGGUGAAGCCACUCUCACAAAAUCACAAGGCAGUAAAUAGAUCAUAAGCCAGGAUUUGAACCCACAUAUCCCAUGUGUACCCUUAUAAAGAUUUUAAGACUGCAUGUAUUUGUUAAUGUAGGGGUGAGAGCAUGCAUGUGUGAAGAUCUGAGGACAAUUUACCUGAAUCUAUUUUCUCCUUCAACCAUGUGGUUCCCAGGGAUGGAUCUCAGGUAGAAAAACAGGCUUGGCAGCAAGUAUCUUUACCCCCCAGAAUCGUCACACAUGCCCCGAGUUGUAUCAUUUUGUGUGUGCUCUUUGUGUGAAUGUGCAAAGAUAUCAGGUCAUGGGAGGCAUAAAUGGAAAUGGCAGCACCCAGCCAAACUUAGCAAAGACAUGAAAUUUUAUGUAUCUCAUAUGGCAAGACAGAGAAAACAUCUGAAAAUAAUGAAAUAGUGGGCAAAUUGGCAUCAGGUUUAAUUAAGACUAGAAUAUUAAAAUUUUCCAGGGAAAAAAAUUCAGAAUAAAUCAGCAAAAAUGAUUACAUUUAAAAAAAUAAGGAAAACGUAGAAUCAAAUUAAACCAAGACAACCGUGUAAGAAUAAGUAUAAGGAAUCCAUAGUGAGGUGGUGAUUCAUACCUUUAAUCCCAGCACUUGGAAGGCACAUUCCUUUAUUCCCAACAGUUGGGAGACAGAGGCAGGCACAUAAGAAUUAAAGUGAUUUAAAUUUAAAAGCCACUUGCAAAAAGAAGGCUGAAAUUCAAAGUGAUCGCUACUGCAGAAUAGUCCUUUACACUCUGUGAAGACGCGUCACUGUGAUUGGUUUAAUAAAGAGCUGAAUGGCCGUCAGUUGGGCAGGAAGAUGUUACUCAGAACUUCUCGGGACAGAAAGGUCUCUGGGAAGAAAACCAGCAGAGUCACCAGCGAGAAGAGGGAGGUAGAAAUGCAGGAGGAAGGUAAAAGCCACAGAGUCAUGUGAUAACAACAAGUACAUGAAUACAAGUAAGUUAAUAAGAGUUAUAAAAGCUAGCUAGGAACAAGCCUAAUCUAUAGGCCAAGUUUUGAUAAUUAAUAAUGAAUCUCCAUGCUGGUUUUUGCAAGCUGGUGACCCAAAGAAAAAUCUGGCAACACACUAUCUUUUAACAUCUAAAAAUAAAUACUAUUAAACCUUGAAUUUAUAUAUGAAGAGAAAGGGGAAUAUAAGUAUAUUUACCCACACAUAAUUUGAUCAGGCAACCAGCUAUUAAGUAUACCUGCUUUUAAGACAACUUUUUUUUUCUUUUAGUUAAUUGUUUUAGGCUUAAAUUUGAGAACAUAUAUAGAAGGGCAAGUCUUGUUUUUAAAAUGAAUCAGAUUUGUACACAGUAUAACUAGAAACUUAGUUUUGAGCACUUUAAAGGAUUUGAGUUUUAUAUGGUGAUUGGUCACUAAUUUAUAUGUCUUAAUUUUCUUUAGCAGUUUUUUAAAAAAGCUAGUAGCUUUUAUAAGAUCAGGAUUUUACAAUUUUAGACAUAGAUCUCUAAGUUAACUUUUCUUAGUUUGAGUAUAACUUUGUAAUCUUAGGAAUUUAUCUUUGUACAAAAAUACAUUCUAAUCUAAAAUAAUUGGGAGAUUUGCUUCUCAAGUUUAAAAGAAGAUAUAAUAAUGAACAGAGGACACAUCAGCACUAAGAAGUGUCACAGGUGCCGCCCUUUUCCAGGAACAGUCAGAGCUGCUCCUGGCUUUCCUCCUAUGCAGGUUUGUCCUGCUAGUGUUUUCGUGAGAUGGAGGUGCCAGUGGUUCAGUAUUACAGUCAUGCUUCAAUAAGAUCUUAUUUAUUUAUUAUUUUUAGAGCAAGGAAACUGAGUUGAAGCAGCACAUUUAGCCUUUUUUCCACUUUUUGUCUCCUUUCCAUUCCUGUCUCCAAAAGCUAAUGUUUCAUCCAUUCCAACUUUCUGUUAAGUAGACUCCAGACUCAAGUCCCUCAUUCCAAAUGUUUCCUCCUGCUAUAUCCUUUCAACAUUCAAAACCCUUUUGCAACUUUCUUUUUCUUUCACAUUAGUCCUCUCAUUUUUUUUGUUUUGUUUUGUUUUUGUUUUUAUAAAUAGCUACUUGAUAAUUCCACAAAUGUAUGCUUAUAUGGAAACAUUAUAUUGCCUUCUAUAUAUAAAAGUUUUAUUUAACUUUUUAAAUUUAUUUUACAUAUUAACUAUAGUUUUUCCUCCAUACCCUCCUCCCCUUACCCCCCCCCCACCAAUCUACCCCUUUUCCCAUCCACUUCUCUGUCUCCAUUCAGAAAGUGACAAGACACCCAUGGUCUUGAACAAAGCAUGGCAAAUCAAGUUGAGGCAGGACUGAGAUCCUCCAAUAGAUCAAGGCUGGUUGAGGUAAUCCAGCAAGAGGAACAGAUUCCCAAAGCCAGAUAAGCACCAGAGAUAGGUCCUGAUCUCAUUGCUAGGAGACUUAAAAAUAGACCAAACUACACAGCUAUCAUACACAUGCAGAGGGCCUAGGUUGUUCCCAUAAAGGCUUCCUAAUUGUUGGCCCAGAGUUUAUAACCUACCAGUUCAGGUCAGCUGUCUCUGUAAGUUUUUCCAACAUGACCAUGACCCCCCUGGCUCAGACAAUCCCUCCUCCCUUUCUUCAGGAGGAUUCCUGGAACUUGUCCUAGUGCUUGCCUAUGGAUCUCUGCAUCUGUUCCAUCAGUUACUACAUAAAGGCUCUCUGAUGACAAUUAGGGUAGUCACUAAUCUGAUCACAGUAGAUGGCCAGUUCAGGCUCCCUCUCCAAAAUUGCUAAGGGUCUUAGCUGAGGUCAUCCUUAUGUAUUCCUGGGAAAAUUCAUGCCCAUGUGGAUCAAACACCUCAACAUAAAUCCAUUUACAACCAACCUGAUAGAAGAAAAAGUGGGAAGUAGCCUUGAAUGCAUUGGCAUAGAAGCUACUACCUGAUUACAACACCAGUCACACAGACACUGAGAUUGACAGUUAAUAAAUGGGACUCCCUGAAACUCAAAAGCUUCUGUGAGGUAAAGGACACUGUCAGUGAGAAAAAACAGCAGCCUACAGAAUGGGAAAAGAUCUUCACUAACCCCACAUCUGAUAGAGGGCUGAUCUCCAAAAUAUGUAAAGAACUCAAGAAACUAGACAUGAAAAUACCUUUUAAUGCUUAGAAUGUGUAUUUUGGUUUCUUUACUACACCCAUUUUCAUUCAUGGUGCACUAUAAAAGGAUCAAUAAAGUUGCCAGUCUUUCUAUGGACUAUACUGAGUCAUAAAAGUUUUAUUUUGAUACUAAAAGAGCUGCAAUACAAAAUCAUUUUAAGGAAAAACCAAGUUACUCACUUAUUGUAACCUGUUGAGGAAAAUUAAGAAAUGCCAGUUAAUGGUCAGUCACCUUAAAUACAAUUGGAACGUAAAGUCCUAGUCUUAUGAAAGCUCCUAACUUAUUGUAAACUUUUAGAGAUAAUUAAGAAAUAGAAGUUAAUGGUUAGUCACCUUUUAAAUGAUGAAAUUCUUUAAUAUGUUCAGAACUAUACUUAUAGUCAUUCUAAGUACUCAUGUAAUUAAUUAUAAGAAUAAGCCUUAUUUAUCCCCAUGUAUAUAUUUUCAAACUUAAUCCUAAAACAAGUGACUGGAAGCAAGCAAAGAUUGUCUAUUCAGACAUACUUUGAGGCCAACCUUGUCUACAGAGUGAGUUCCAGGACAGGCACCAAAACUACACAGACAAACCCUAUCUCAAAAAACUUUUUUAAAAAAGUUUAAGCUCCCUAUUGUAGAUAGAAUUGCCACAACAUAAAUGGAACCAUUAAGGUAUCCAAAGAAUAUAGAUGGCACAGGGCAACUCUGUCUGGAUUGUGGUAACACUGUCAAGGGAUGAAUCUUUCCCACCUUCCUAUUCCCAAAUAACCACUCAGAGGCUUAUAUUAAUGAUAAACAUUUGGCUGAUAGCUCAGAUAUAUUAUUAGCUAGUUCGUACAUUUAAAUUAACCCAUUUCUUUCAAUCGAGGUAUACUUGCAGGUUCUGCCCUGACCCCACCCUUCCUCAUCCAGUACUUAGUUUGAAUGUAAUGCCUAACCUUAUUCUACCUGGCAUUUGGACAAAAUAGCUUUAUUUAUCAACCAACAAGAACAAUACAUAUUCACAGCAUACAGAAAGACCAUCCCACAGCAACAAACCACUGGGAAAACUGACCUAUGCCUUACCUGCUGUCAGGGCUCUCCUCAAACUGAAUAUUUUUUGAUUCGUUGCCAUACUUUGCCUGGUAAAAGUAGUGUCACUCCUCCAAGUUGCUCCUCCACAGAACAAAAUCUCAGACUUGGGUCUGGCAUCCAAAGUCCUAUGUAUUGUGGGAAUUAUUGUGGGAAGCAGAUCAGCAGAGCGUAUACCUUGCUUUGUAUUAGUGAGUCUGUAUUCCCAUUGUUCCAUUUAGCCAAUGACUUUGGGGAAGAAGCCCUAGGCUGUGGCUUUGUCUGCAUAUGUGACCCCUUAAGAGCUGAGGGAGAGUUGUCAUCCAUAUUCUUGGGUUGUCAAGACUGGGUCAGGUGGUGGAGAAUGGCUUGCAGUUGGUCCCCAUCGGACUUGAGGAGAUUGGCAGGUGGAUCAGAAGCAGACCAGCAGAGCAUAUACCUUGCUUUGUAUUAGUGAGUCUGUAUUCCCAUUGUACCCCUUAAUAAAUUGACAUGUAUACAUUUGUUGGCUCUUGCUACACCUAUGCUGUCUUGUAUGAUAGCCAAAGACCUAAAACUACUGUCCCCACUGAAACUGUGGAGACCACUGCAGUGCUGUGGGAUAUCUUUCUGUAUGCUGUGAAUAUGUGUUGCUCUGAUUGGUUGAUAAAUAAAGCUGUGUGGCCUAUGGCAAGACAGCUUAGAGGCAGGCAGGAAAUCCAGGAAAGAGACAAGAAGAAGAAAGGCAGAGGAGCCAUCCUGCUGUCCAGGGAGCAGCAUGUAACAGCACACAGGAAAAGCCAUGGAACAGUGGUGACAUAUAAAGUAAUAGAAAUGGGCUGAGUUUAAUUAUAAGAGCUAGCUAGCAAGAAAAUUGAGUCACAGGUCAUGGUCAUACAGUUAGUAAUUAAUGUAAGCCUCUGAGUAAUUAUUUUAUAAGUGUUUGUGGGACCACAGGCUAGGCGGGACUGGAGAAAUCUUCUGACUACACUGAAGUCUAUGGUAACCUGUAUAGGUAAUGGGUCACUCUCAUUUUAUUUGAUACAUAGAUCAUUUAGAUUAUAUUUCCAGUUAUAAUGUAUCCUUAGAUCUCUGAGGAUAUUGACUGACUGUAGCUUUAUCAACAGCAAGUACCCAGCUGCUUUCCCAAGACUUCAGCUGCCUUCUCAGUUCUCCUCAUAUGUAAAAAUGUGUC